CUCCCCAGCGCUAGUACUACUAGUCAUGUGCAAUAAGUGGUAGACACUUCACGUGCAGGCUUUCGUAGCUAGCUGUUGGAGUGUUGCAGUGUUGCUGCACUUGCCGUGUACGCGAGAUCUGUGAAGAGAGCUAGCUCUCCAGCUCCCUCGGCCUCCGAGAUGUUCACAAAGAGGAAAGUGUGGAAACGGGAAAGAAACAGUUCCCGGUUGAAAGUGAUUGCAUUAGGUUUCGCCAAGGAAUCCACAUACCAAAAAAACCAGUGGCCUUGUUCAUAGUAACUUCGAAGAUGAGCGCACUGCUGUGUGCAGUUCUGGUCGCUACGCAGCUCUUGCUUGCGUGCCGAGGACAGCCGCUAAUAUGCAGGCAAUGCUCUGGGGACCAAUGCAAGGACGACAAAGGCACGCAGACGUGCGAAAUCAGCGAGGAGGAUCGCAACGCCAUACCACACGGGCAUAUGUGCGUGGCGGAGAUCAACGGGUUCAUCCCGGAGACGGGCGAUUUCCAUCGUGUGCAGUACAAAUGCACAGCGCACUUCGUCGACACCGAUGCAUGCACUAGAGCCAGCAAAUUGCUGACGGAUCACACUAUCUUGUACUGCUGCUCCGACCACGAUCUGUGCAACGCAGCGUUCCCUCCGGCCAAUUUGACGGCCAUUGUCCUGUCGACCCCGACUGCUACAAGUGCGACUUCGCUGCCAGCGUUGACGGAGAAAGUCGGAGCAGCUUCAUGGGAACUGCCAGUGGCUAUAACUCUUCCUGUCGUCAUUGGGUCGAUAUUUUUAGUGACGAUCGUCAUCUUCGUUCGAAGCAAAUCGUGGAAAUCGAAUCAACCCAGUUCGAGAAUGUACGAUCCCGACAUAGAUUGGAUCGACGGGGAGCCGUACCCGCCUGUUCUCAACAGUGACGAGAUCUCGAUAACGGGGGAAGGUCACACUCGCAUGGCACCCUUGACGCUUUCAAGAACAGUCGUGCCGAAGGAGAACAUAGGCAACGGACGGUACGGGUCGGUCCUGCGUGGCACGUGGCGUGGAGGCCAGGAGGUGGCCGUCAAGAUCUUCCAAGCCAUGCACGACCGUUCCUACAUGCAUGAAGUGGACAUCUACAAGACGCCGUGGCUGCGGCACGAGAACGUGUUGGGCUUCAUCGGCUGCGACAGCCGCGACGACGGUAUGAGCACGCAAUUCUGGAUGGUAAUGGACUACUGCCACUACGGGAGCAUGCUGGAUUACAUCACCAAUCCCAACGUGCAGCUGACCGUGGAGAAGGCCCUGAAGCUGAUGAUGACGGCAAGCCGUGGCCUGACGCACCUGCACAGCAGUGUGGCCGGCCCCAGCGUCACCGACUCCAAGAACAACAAGCCGGCGAUGGCGCACCGCGACGUGAAGAGUCGCAACUUUCUGGUGCGGCGCGACGGCACCGCAUGCAUUGCCGACCUGGGGCUGGCCAUUCGCGAGAACGACGCCGACAUGCCCUGGAACUCGCAGAAGGCGCUGGCGCAGCAGUCGGACAUGGGCUUCCGCCGCAACACGACGGACAAGGACAGCGGGCAAGGCUCAAUGGGCAACUCACGUGUCAACACGGCCGUGAACGGAUUCAUCCCGCAGAUUCCUUUCAAUUAUCGCGUGGGAACGCGACGCUACAUGGCGCCGGAGAUUCUCAACGAGACCAUUCGCGUCGACAAGUUUGAUUCGUUUCGCCGUACCGACGUGUACUCGUUUGCUCUGGUUCUGUGGGAGGUGUGUCGGCGAACGCACAUCGAAGGGGUAGCUAUGGAGUACGAGCAGCCGUAUCAGGGCAUGGUGCCGUCCGAUCCCGAGCUCGAGGACGUGCGACAGGUGGUGGUUGUCGACCAGUGUCGUCCCGCCAUCCCGGAGCAGUGGCGCGAAGCACGCCACAUCUCCAACCUGGUGACGCACCUAGAGGAGGCCUGGUGUGACGACAGCCAGGCCCGGUGCACGAUGAUGCGCCUGAUGAAGAAACUCGAGGGCCUGUAUGCCGAUGCACAGGCUGCACGCCGUGAGAGCCGUGAAAGUGCUCAAAUAGUGCGGGCGGCAUAUGAGAUGCCUGUGAACGUGGAAUGAGCACAUGUUAACCCAAUACUCUAUAUUCUGUUGCAUUCUUUUUCUUGUUAUGGAACGAUCUAGAUACAGAUAAAGGCUGCUUGAUAAUUUUACAACCCCCCGCAUCCCUCUUGCCCUAGUAGCGGAUCUUGUAUUCGUAGAAACUUCGCAAAGAGAAUCGGACGCUUUGUUGUUAUUAUUCCUGUCAGCAUAUAGGUGUACAUAUUGGUUUCUUUAUCUUUUCCUGGAUUAACUCUUCCUCGACCGCACUUGCAAGCUCAGUGGCGGGUCUUUUGAGCUGCUAUUACAUCAUUACCUGUACUGUUUCGUUCUGCUGGUAUCUAUCCGAAAUCUGUAGGCAUGUUGCUUCUGAUAUCACGUAACAGUGAGUGAAGGUAUCCCCCCCCCCCCCCACACACACACACGCAAACAGCAUAGAGCUCAUCUCCAAGUUCUUUUUAUUUGCUCUUUCAUCAACCUUUUUCGACUUGAUUCUAAAUGUUUUGUCCUGCUUGAGAAGAACUUGGAUUUUUCCUGCAUUAUCUUUUAGAAAUAUGGACAUUUCACCAA